AUGAGUGCGAGGACAAAAAAAAUAUUGGAACUGUUGAAAUCAUCUGAGCAAAUUGUCGAGAAUUCUGGACAAAAUGAGUUAGAAUGUAACAACAUACAGAGACCAGAAAGUCCUGGGUACUUGGAACCCCAGAGCUCACCCCAAGAUAAUCCUGGACCAUCAGGUGAUUUUAACUAUAGUAAUAAUAUCUUGCAGAAGCCUGAUGCUGAAGAUGCUGAUUUGCAGAGAGAUUACACAUUUGAAGAAGAUUCUGAUGAUUCAAUUGUGGAUCCCAACUAUGUGGCAGAAUCUGAUGUACUGUCAGAGUCAGACGAAGAUGAACUACCAUUAUCUAACAUCAAAAAAAAAAUGUCACAGCAAAAGCUUUCAAUUCAAGCGAGAAUUCAACAAACCCCUGCUGAAACAACUACCAGAAGAAAACGGAAAAUGCAACCAAAAGAAAAACAAUGUAGGAAACGAGUACGAAACGAAAGUGAAUGGAUUGACGUUAAAGCUAAAAAGGAAUUAAAUUCAGGACGAGAACACAGAAAUAGAAAAGGGAAAUUAAUACCUGCACGGAAAAUGAAGAAUCCUUGCCCAGAGAGUUGUAGAUCUAAAUGCACUACAAGGGUAACUGAAGAAAAGAGAAUGGAAAUAUUUGAUUUAUUUUGGAAAAUAGCUAAUCACACCAAGCAAUGGGAAUACAUAGCAAAAUUGGUGACUUUGGAAGAUAAAAAAGUGACUAAAAGGGGUAUAUCAAGAAGAAAUUUUAGCAGAAAAUAUAACUUUUUUAUUGCGGGAAAAAAGGUGCAGGUAUGUAAAAAAAUGUUUUUAAAUACGCACGGAAUUUCGGAACAGUGGGUAACAACAGCACUAAGUAGAAUAGAAGAGACUAGUAUGGUAAAAGAAGACACUAGAGGAAAGCAUGAAAACAGACCACAAAAGUUAAACGAAAACUUACGGGAUAGUGUAAGAGACCACGUAAACAUGUUCCCAGUGGUACCAUCACACUAUAUACGGAAAAAUUCAAAUAAAAUGUAUUUGGAAGACGGACUUAAUAUUUGCAAAAUGCAUAGAAUGUAUUUAACUUAUAUGCAAGAAGAACAUUCCGGGCAACAAGUGGCAACUAUGCGACAAUACCGAGAAAUAUUUAACACCGAAUUCAACAUUGGAUUUUUCAAGCCCAAGAAAGAUCAAUGUGAUCGCUGUGUGGUGUAUGCCAUGGCUAGUGAUAACGAGAAGAAGGAGUUGGAAAGUGAAUAUCAACAACAUAUUCAAAAUAAGGAAGAAGUCCGAAAUCUAAAAGAUAAUGACAAACUACAAGCCGUAGAAGAUAAAACCAUUUGUGUUGCUUGCUUUGAUUUACAAAAAGUUCUCAUCGCCCCUGCAUGUGAAAUAAGUAGUUUUUACUACAAAAGCAAAUUAGCCACGUACAAUUUCACCAUCUAUGAUCUGGGAAAUAACAAAGGUCAUUGUUAUGUUUGGAACGAAUCCAUAGCAAGAAGAGGACCGAAUGAAAUAUCAAGUUGUUUGCUUAAUUUUAUAAAAAAGCAAACUGGAAAUGGGGUAAAAAAAAUUGUAUUUUAUUCGGACAACUGUGGAGGUCAGAACAGGAACAGAUUUGUCUUCAGUAUGUUCGCUCACGCUUCGAAAACUAUUAAGGUACAAAUUUUGCAUCGUUUUCUAGAAAGGGGCCACACUCAAAAUGAAGGCGACAGCAUGCAUGCUACCAUAGAAAGUGCCAAAAAACGCCAAUCCAAUAUUUUUACUCCAGCACAAUGGAUCAUGUUAAUUAAAAUGGCCAAGGUAACUGGACAACCCUAUGAUGUGAAGGAAAUGUCCCAAAAUGAUUUCUACAGUUUCAGCAAUAUUGUUCAAACUGAAAACUGGACGAAAGAUAAGAGCGGCGAAAAAUUUAUGAUAAGUAAAGUAAAGCAAAUUGAAUUUUUGACCAGCCAACCAGACGUUGCUGAAUUCAAAUACCAUUUCACGGAGGAACCGCAAUCCAUAUGCUUAAAAAGAAGACCUCUUAGAAAAGAUAACGUUAUGGAAAAUAUCUCCAUUCUUUACAGAGGACCCCUUCCAAUAGAAACUAAGAAGUUAACGGGUUUGCUAGAGUUGUGUAAAAGCAAAGCCAUUCCUUCCAUCUACCAUCCUUUCUAUUAUUCUUUAAAAGCAAAAGACAAGGAGACUAAAAGGAGUAAUAAAAGCGCUCAGAACACUGCAAAAAGUGACGAAGAAAAUGAAAAUAUGACCGAUUCAGAAUAA